AUGAGGAGGAAUUGCAACUUGGAACUUACCCUUUUUCCUCCCUACGAUUCUGAUGACCACCGCCACAACCAUAUCAUAAUGGAAGAAGAUAAUGAGAGCCCAAUGCAAAAUUACCACUACCAGCAGCAGCUGCAACAGGAACAGCAACAGAAGCUGACCAUUUUCUAUGAUGGGAAGAUUUGUGUUGCGGAUGUCACAGAGCUUCAGGCCAAAUCCAUCUUAAUGCUUGCAAAUAAAAAAGCGGAGGAAAGAGUAAGGACGCCAACCUCAACAGGGUCAGAGCCAUCUUCACCAACAGUAGUGUAUAGCCCUGGCCCUGGCCUUUCCAUGAAAAGAUCGCUGCAACGGUUCCUUCAGAAGAGAAAGAUUCGGGUCCAAGAAGCAUCCCCAUACAAUCACUAG